AUGGGGAAACGUUUCCUCCACCAGCUACUCGCCGUCGUCCUUGCACUCUUCGUCUCGCCGGCGAGAUCGGGCGACUGGCUUCCGGCCACGGCCACGUUCUACGGCGGCGCUAAUGGCUGUGGUGCGUGCGGGUACAGCGACCUGUACGAGCAGGGCUACGGCAUCAACAAUGCGGCGCUGAGCACGGCGCUCUUCAACGACGGCGCGUCGUGCGGACAGUGCUACGUCAUCAUCUGCGACAGCAGCAAGACCGGGUGGUGCAAGCCCGGCAACAACUGGGUCGUCGUCUCCGCCACCAACUUCUGCCCGCCCAACUGGGACCUCCCCGCCAGCGGGGAGCUUCCCGCCGGCGGCUGGUGCGCCCCGCCCCGCCCCCACUUCGACAUGUCCCAGCCCGCCUAG